GUCCACUGGUGUUUUCUUGGAGAAAAACUAAAAUUAUAUGUUAAAGUUAUUGAAAAGCAGUAGGCUGGAUCGUCCCCUGCGCUUCAGUCCCGCCUCAGUCCAUCACUUCACUGGUUCUGUGGCAUAUAAAAUGGACCAACACCAUAAUUAAAGCCGUGCGUGAGACCCUGUUUAACACACACACACACAUGAACUGUGAGUGUGUGUAUAAGCUUGUGUGUUUAUAAUUUACAAUGGCUUGUGUGGAACCUGGAGAAAACAGCACACUUCAGUCUGAACAGCAGCAGAAGUUCGGCUGUACAGAGCAGAGACAGUCUGUGGAGUCCAGCAAAAAGCUCACACGGAAAUGGCGGUGGAAGACUUUCCUGAUUUGGCACAUCGGUGAAGAAUGGAUCGUCGUCAUCCUGUUAGGAAUCAUCCCAGCAUUCUUCAGCUGGGCCAUGGACUUUGGCAUUGAAUUCGGCCUUCACACUACAAGGGAGUUGUAUGAGAUGGCACACCAUAACAUCUUCCUGCAGUAUCUGGCCUGGGUUUCUAUCCCCAUACUGCUGAUCUGCUUCGCCACAGUGUUUACUCAAUUCGUAGGACCACAAGCUGCAGGUUCCGGGAUCCCAGAGAUUAAGUGCAUUGUAAAAGGAGUGGAAAUUAAAGAUCACCUGAGCCUCAACACUCUACUGGCCAAACUGGUGGGUCUGACCUGCGCCCUGGCCAGCGGCAUGCCACUAGGAAAAGAGAGUCCGUUUGUGCACAUAGGAAGCAUCUGUGCAGCGCAGCUCUGCCGGUUAAGGACAUUCAUUGGUGGUGUUAAAGAGAGCAAGUCUCAGGGCAUCGAACUGCUUAUUGCUGGUUCUGCUGUUGGACUUGCCUGCUGCUUCAACUCACCCAUCGGAGGUAUUCUGUAUGGUAUUGAAGUGGCCACGUCAUUCUUCAUGGUCCGCUGUUACUGGAAAUCUUAUGUUGCUGCUACCAUCAGCGCCUUUGUCUUCAGAAUCCUGCCUGUGUGGAGUGGAUAUAAUGAAACUAUUAUACCUCUGUUUAACACCUCUUUCCGUCUGGAAUUUCCCUACGAACUCCAUGAGUUGCUGGCCUUCACCAUCCUUGGGAUUCUGAGUGGGCUUUUUGGAGCGUUUUUUGUGUUCAUGAACAGUGUGAUGGUGCGUUUCAUCAGGGGCCCUCGACCCAUCAGCAGGUUCCUCGCCAAGACCCGUGUGCUGUACCCUGCAAUUGUCACACUGAUCACCGCCACUUUGACCUUUCCUCCUGGAUUUGGACAGUUCAUGGCAGGCGAGCUCACCCAGAGGGAAACUCUACUUGCACUUUUUGACAACUACACCUGGUCCAAACAUCUCGAAGGCGACCAUUUUGAUCACUCUGACAAUUCUGUGGCGUGGAAACACCCCCAGGUCAGCGUCUUCGUCACGCUCACCAUGUCCUUAAUCAUGAAGUUCUUCAUGUCGGCAGUGGCCAUCUCUAUGCCAGUCCCCGGUGGAGCUUUUGUACCUGCUUUUGUUAUCGGUGCAGGUCUCGGCCGAUUGGUUGGUGAGGUGGCAGCUGUCGUUCUACCUGAAGGAGUUCAUUCAAACGGCACGGUUUACUCUUUAAUACCUGGAAGCUAUGCUGUAGCAGGAGCAGCAGCGAUGUCUGGUGCAGCCACUCACACCAUCUCUACAGCCAUGAUUGUGUUCGAAUUGACCGGGCAGAUCAACUUCCUUUUCCCAAUAUUAUUUUCUGUUAUAGUGGCUAAUAUCGUAGCCCAAAGUCUGCAGCCGUCACUGUACGAUUCGCUCAUACGCAUCCGGAAACUUCCGUAUCCUGUAGACCUCAGCUGGGACCACGAGGAAAACUCUAAAAUCAGUGUGGAAGACAUCAUGGUGAAGGAUAUGAAGUACAUCACACUGAACUCGACUUACAGAGAUCUGCAGAACCUCCUGCUCACAAAGCUCAGAACCAUCCCCUUGGUGAAGUCUGAAGAAUCAAAGAUAUUACUGGGGUGUAUUGAGCAAGCUCAGUUGCAGGUGCUGCUGUCCCAUCAGCUCAGUCGCAUGCGGAGACUCAAACACCUCCGUCAGCAAGCGCAGAACAUGGAUGAAAAGGAGCUCAGGAGUGCGACUUCUGUAGAUGGACAAUCCCACUUGUUACAGAGAGGUUGCCAAGAUUCAGAAAUUACCUUCAAGAGCCUCUUCUGUGCCCAUUCUAGAGUGGACAUAGAGGAGGAUCCAGAGGUAGAAGACACCAUGACCAUGCCAGAGAUCAUCAGGUGGGAAGAGCAACAGCUUGAUGAAAAAGUCAACUUCAACCUCUGCAAGAUUGACCCUGCAUCUGUACAGAUAGUAGAACGAACCUCACUGCAAAAGACCCAUAACAUCUUGUCCAUGAUGGGUUUGGACCAUGCUUACGUCACCAACGUUGGGAGGCUCGUAGGAGUAGUGUCACGUCAGGAGCUACGGAAGGGCUUUGAGACUUCGGUGAAGAAGUGCGGAGCCAAAACACACCCCCCAAUGUCCAGCUUCAGAGAGAGCAGAACCAGAUUCAGGAAGACGGCAACACCAGAGGCCACAGAGCUCCACAAACUUCUGGGCAGCCAAAACAGCCUGAACCAGAUGAGUUCAAUGUGAAGGAGGUUCACGUGGGGACCGAUCGGCAAACACGAAAAGGCCAGACUGUUAGGUAAAGGGGGCCACUAGGGCUGCAUGCUGGACAAAAAGAUGCGAUACAUUACUGCUGAAGCAUUUUACUGUUUGAAUGUGAUCCUAAACCUGAAAACCAAACAUUUUUGCUACUAUUAGGUUUAUUCAACAACAGAUAACAUUACUUCUCACAAAGCGCAAGAACCAUCAUCAAGAUUCCAUCGUUCUCACAUCUUAACGAUGGAAUUUUUUGUUUAUGCCCAGCUAAUACAGUUAGUCUGAAUCCCAGACGACCUCCUAUUCACUAGCUAGGAUAGAACAGAAUCGGGCUGUAUAUUCGACGUAGUACAUGUAGCAGCAAAAAUACAUUCCAGGCUUGAAAUAUUUGCUUGAGCAAAAGUAAAAACUGAUCGUACAGGUACAAUUUGUUUGAAAAGUUACUAAACGUAAUGGGGUCAUGCUACAUGACAUAACAUUUGGGAUUCAGAUGGUUAUCGCAUUUAAAAAUUGAACUACAAACUACCAAAUCCUAAUUACAGAUGAUGAAAAUCUUCUAAAAUCAUGCAGCCCUAGAGCCAACUUUAGCAUGUGUGUAAAAAAACAAUACAAUGCUUUUGUUGUUCGUAAUUUGUAUUUGAUCUGAGCAAGAAAACAUCAUACUUACCCGUUACUUCUGAAUCAGGAUUUUUAGCAUUCAGAGUGAAGUCAAUUUGACGUUAUUCAGUCUGUACAGGAUUUUGCAGAUUUUUUUUUUUUUUUUUUUUUUUUUUUUUUUUUUAUGACUGUUGCGUCCAGAAACGCUCGAUUUUGCUGCGGGGUUUUUCAUAAUUUGCAAUCUACAGUUUCUAGUUACAUUUAUACAGCGCUUUUCUAGACACUCAAAGCUCUUUACAUUGUAUGGGGGAAAUCUCAACCACCACUAGUGUGUAGCAUCCACCUGGAUGAUGCGAUGGCAGCCAUAGUGCAGAAGAACUCCCACCACACACCAGCUAUUAGUGGAGAGAGUGAUGUAGCCAAUUCAGAGAUGGAGGUUAUUAGGGGGUCGUGAUAGGGAAGGGCCAAUGGGGGAAUUUCGCCAGGACACCGGGGUUACACCCGUACUCUUUGGUAGGGGUAUAACCCUGUGUUAAGUGUUGUGUCCUAGGAUUUUUAUCAUGAA